GGGCGAGGCUAUCCAUUUCCGUUCCCAUUUUCCCGGAUUAAACACGAAUUUUCUUUCCAAAAACUUCGAUCAUCGGAGCUGCGAUGCUCACCGUUCAUCGCAAUCUCAACCCAAAUUGGCUGCCAUCGUCGAACCCAGAAAUCCCCUAUCCUCUCCCACUGAAACCCACAAAUCUCCGUCCAAGAACAAUCUCGAACGCCAUCUCCGACGACAACCAAACCGCCCCAACCUCGCCGGCCGGCCAAAUCAAACGCCUAGUCCUCACCCCAGAAGCGAGGACCAAACUCAACGCCUACCCAGAUCGGGAAUUCUAUUCCUUCCCGCGCUUCGUGAACCACGUCGACGGCAGCUUCAUUUCCACGUUGACGGACCUUUACAGGCAACGUCUGAGCCCCGGCUCGGAGAUUCUCGACCUGAUGAGCUCGUGGGUCAGCCAUUUGCCCCAAGAGGUUCGCUACAAGAGAGUGGUGGGCCACGGGCUCAACGCCCAGGAGCUCGCCAGGAACCCCAGGCUCGAUUAUUUCUUCGUCAAGGAUCUUAAUCUUGACCAGAAUCUUGAACUGGAGAGCUCCAGUUUGGAUGCGGUGCUGUGCACUGUGAGCGUCCAGUAUCUUCAGCAUCCUGAAAAGGUGUUUGCAGAGGUGUUUAGGGUGCUGAGGCCAGGUGGGUUGUUCAUUGUGAGCUUCAGCAAUCGGAUGUUCUAUGAGAAAGCAAUUGCGGCGUGGAGAGACGGGACGGGGUACAGCAGGGUACAACUGGUGGUGCAGUACUUCCAGUGCGUUGAAGGGUUCACAGAAACUGAGGUGGUUAGGAAGUUGCCGGCGGCUACCGGCGGUGGCGGCUGGAUUGAGAGGCUGCUGGGACUGUUUUCUGUCGGGUCGGACCCUUUCUAUGCUGUGAUUGCCCACAAGAAUUUCAAGCCUGUGUAUGAGUAAAGAUGUAUUAUCUUAUAACUAUUGAGCGUGAAUGGAAUAGAUGUGUUAUUAAUCGUGA